AUGAAUCAAUACUUGAGCAUGGAUCAGAGCCCAGCCAGCCUCAUAGAUCAAGGUUGCGACUUUGGAAAUUUCAACCCUGAGCCUACUACCCUAUGGAGUCCAUGGUAUUUGGCUGGUGAUGCAAAUUUCCAUGGUGGUUUUCCUAUGCAUCAAGACGAUUCUCGCCACGGAUCACUCGACAUGGGCCACUACAUUCCUGAAUUAUCUCACGAUCCCCAUUCAAACACCUUCUGGGCUCAUGACAGUAUGGCGAGCCAGCCACCCCCAAUCCCAAUCUCAGAUUCCACACAACACGAACGGUCUUCGAGCAUUGCAGAAUCCUCAAUUCGUCGCUCAUCUACCAAGUCCGAAGCAAAGAAGCGGAAAUCGAUCUAUACAGAAGACACUACAUUGAGCCCACCAUCCCGACGUGGCUCCACCAGGAAACCCCAUGCACACCGAGAAUCCCUUACAGAAAUCGACAUGAAUAUUCAAGAAGAAUCUCCACCAUCCGAAGUCGAUACACAGGCUAGAAAAAAACUAAGAGAGAGGAAUAGACGAGCAGCAAUCAAGGUCCGGACCAAGAAGAAGGUGCAGGAAGAAAACCUCGAAACGGCAGAAAGGGACAUGGAGAUGAGGCAUCGCGAAUUGUCGGCCAGCGUAAAAGGGUUGACCGACGAGAUACACCAUCUCAAGAUGCAGCUUCUACAGCACGUCGGCUGUGACUGCGCCCUCAUUCAGGAGUACAUUACUGGGGAAGCCAAUCGUUAUGUUCAAGAUAUUAGCGGCGAAUCUGCACACAGUCAUACUACAAGAGCAUCAUAG